UUCUUCUGUUAUUUUCUGAAAGAAAAGAAAAACAAUGGCUAUGGCUAUAUACAAAUUUCUUCUGUUAUUCCUUUUGUUCUGUCAAUUUGGGCAGAAAAUCAUAUCAUCUGAUGAACAGAAAACACCAACACACACUCUACAAGAAGCCUACGAUGCUCUUGGAAUCAAACCAAACCCUGAUGGCUCCUUAACAAGAGAAAUUAGAAUCCCAAUGGUAAAUGCAACACCAAAUAUUGAACCUACUUCAACCACUCAAAUUGCACUCUCCAAAGACAUACCUUUGAACCCUUUUACCAAAACCUUCAUACGUCUCUAUAAACCUUUAAACCCUACAAAAAAUAGUAAAAUUCCACUCAUAAUCUACUUGCAUGGAGGUGACUUUGUCCUUUUCAGUGCAAAAACUGUCAUUUUUCAUGAAUUUUGCAAUCAAAUUUCGGCGCAGUUCCCAGCAGUCGUGGCAUCGGUCGAGUACCGUCUCGCCCCCGAGCACCGUCUCCCUGCAGCCUUCGAUGAUGCCAUGGAUGCCAUCAUCUGGGCUAGAAACCAGGCAGCGUGUGUUAAUGGUGGUGAUGGAUGGAUGAAACAGUUAGUUGAUUUUUCUCAUGUUUUCUUAUUGGGCAGUAGUGCAGGAGGAAAUAUAGUGUACCAUGCAGCCCUACGCGCAUUCGAUCUUAAUCUUUCACCAAUCAAGAUCAGAGGGCUGAUAAUGAAUCAGGCUUAUUUUGGUGGGGUCCACAGGACUGAAUCAGAGAUCAGACUAAGUGAAGAUGCUUAUGUUCCCUUAUAUGUAAAUGAUCUUCUGUGGUCCUAUGCAUUGCCAAAGAAUGCCAAUAGAGAUCAUGUAUUCUGUAAUCCAUUGAUGAUUGGUGAUCUUGGGAAGAUCAGAAGGUUGCCAAGAGUUUUGAUAAAAGGUGAUGAAGGAGACCCACUUGUUGAUAGGGAGAAAUUGUUAGCAAAGUUUUUAAAGGGAAAUGGUGUUCAAGUUGUUUCAAUAUUUAAUGGAGGGGGAAAUCAUGGGAUAGAGCUUAGUAAUACAACUGCAGCUCAAGCUUUAUAUGAUGCUAUGAAGGAUUUCAUUCUAUCUACUAUAAAUUGAUGAAUCCCUUGAUCAAUUUGUUAGUUGAGUCUCCAAAGCUGGACAGGUAUCAUCUUGUUGCGUGCUUAUAUAGAGCUGGACGAGAGUUUUAUUUUCUUGAACUGUGCUGUGUAUCCUUUGUUUUUCUACCAUGUUUGGUGUUCCACACCUCCAUCUCUCAAGAAUAAGAAAUAUAAUGACCAAUUACAACA